CGCCUACAGAGUGCUACAAGCAAGCACGUGGUCAGCCAUUGCUGAGUUGACUUUGACUACAGGAAAGUGCAGACUCCAAAAACGUAACGAUGGGAGAGAUGGGAGACCCAAUCCAGCUGAAAGAGGAAGGCAACAAACACUUCCAAGCAGGAGAGAUUGACAAAGCCAUCGAGUGCUACACAAAAGCCAUCAAAGUCUGCAAGGACAAAAAUGUACAGGCUGUCAUCUAUAGAAACAGAUCUGCCUGUUUCCUCAAGAAGGAAAAUUAUACCAGUGCUGCUUCGGAUGCGUCCAGAGCCAUAGAUGUAGAUGCCUCUGACAUCAAAGCUCUCUACAGACGAUGUCAAGCAUUAGAGAAUCUAGGGAAACUGGACAUGGCCUUUAAGGAUGUCCAGAGAUGUGCAACACUGGAACCUAAAAACAAGACUUUUCUGGAGACUCUUAGAAGACUUGGAGCUCAGAUCCAACAAAAGCUGAAGACCACCUUUUCCACAGACUCCAGAGUGCAGAAUAUGUUUGACAUCUUGCUGAGUGAUGAAGCAGAUAAAGAUAAGAAAGAAAAGGCGGCUAACAACCUAAUUGUCCUGGCUCGAGAAGAUGCUGGCUCGGAGAGAAUCUUCCAGAACAAUGGAGUGGCUCUGCUCAUGCAGCUCAUUGAGACUGGGAAUACUGAGAUGAUCCUGGCUGCCAUCCGGACAUUGUCUGGAAUGUGUACAGGCCACCGAGCGAGGGCCACUGCAAUCAUCCACAUGGUAGGAAUUGACAAGCUGUGUAGUAUCAUGGCCUUGGACAAUGAGGAGAUUGCUGUGGCAACCUGCAACCUGUUCCAGGCUGUCUAUGACUCUCUGUCUGGGGCGGACAACAGGGUUUAUGGCAAAGAGGAGGCGCUUGUGCUUGACUCAAACAAGGACCUGAAGACUAUUCUACUCAAACUGCUGGACAUGAUUGUCAGUAAGAACGUGUCAGGACAUGGACGAGACCAGGCUCUUAACCUGCUGAGUAGAAACGUGCCCAGAAAGGACAAGAAAGAUCUGGACCACUCCAAGGCCUUAUUUACAAUCGAUCAUGGCCUGAAGAAGAUUCUGAAGGUGUGUGGUCAGGUGCCCGAUUUGCCCAAUCAGUUGCCUAUGACUGAGAAUACGCAGCUUAUUGCCAGCGUGCUUCUUAACAAGCUCUAUGAUGACUUGCGAUGCGAUCCUGAAAGAGACAACUACAGAGACAUCUGUGAUGAAUACAUCAAGAGCAAAUUUGAUCCCAACGACAUGGACAAAAACAUCCAUGCCAUGAACACUUUGUCAGGCUUGAUGCAGGGGCCCUAUGAUGUAGGAAACGUGCUUGUGGGUCGUCAGGGAGUAAUGGAAAUGAUGGUCGCGCUGUGUGGUUCUGAGCGAGAGGUGGAUCAGCUUGUGGCUAUCGAAGCUCUCAUUCACGCCUCCACCAAAAUGAGCAGAGCUUCCUUCAUCAUCACUAAUGGCGUAUCUUUGCUUAAAGACAUCUACAAAAAGACCAAAAAUGAGAAGAUCAAGAUCAGAGCACUUGUGGGUUUGUGUAAACUGGGCUCAGCUGGAGGUGAUGAUUAUAGCAUGAGACAGUUCGCUGAGGGCUCCACUGAAAAACUGGCCAAGCAAUGCAGAAAAUGGCUGUGCAACCCCACUCUUGAUGUUCGCUCAAGAAAAUGGGCGAUUGAGGGUUUAGCGUACCUGACCAAUGAUGCUGAUGUAAAAGAUGACUUUGUUGAAGAUGAGCCAGCCAUGAGAGCCAUGUUUGAGCUUACCAAGUCCAAAGAUAAAACCAUCCUGUAUGCUGUUGCCUGUACACUGGUGAACUGCACCAACAGCUAUGACAAGAAAGAGAUCAUCCCUGAGAUGGUGCAGUUGGCCAAAUUCUCCAAGCAGCAUGUCCCUGAGCAGCACCCAAAGGACAAAAAGGAUUUCAUUGAGAGGAGAGUGAAAAAGCUCUUGAAAGCUGGAGUGAUAUCAGCACUUACAGUCAUGGUGAAAGCAGACAGUUCCAUUUUGACUGACCAAACCAAGGAAAUGCUUGCAAGGGUAUUCCUUGCUUUAGCUGACGAUCCAAGAGAUCGUGGAACAAUUGUUGCCCAAGGUGGUGGAAAGGCUCUUAUUCCUUUGGCCAUCGAGGGAACAGAUGCAGGGAAAAUAAAGGCCUCACAUGCACUGGCUAAGAUUGCAGCCGUCUCAAACCCUGAGAUUGCCUUCCCUGGUGAGAGGGUAUAUGAAGUUGUGCGACCACUAGUGUCCUUGCUGAACACAGAAAGAGACGGUAUUCAGAACUAUGAGUCAUUAGUGAGUCUCACUAAUUUGGCUGCAUUAAACGACAAGCUUCGAACGAAAAUCCUGAAGGAGAAGGCCCUUCCAGAGAUUGAGAACUACAUGUUUGAGGAGCAUGAGCAAAUCAGACAGGCUGCUACAGAGUGCAUGUGCAAUCUUGUUUGCUGUAAAGAGGUUCAGGAGAGGUAUCUGGAGGAUGGGAAUGACAAGCUGAAGCUCCUCGUACUGCUUUGUGGUGAGGAUGAUGAAAAACUACAGGUAGCGGCAGCUGGUGGAUUGGCUAUGAUCACUGCAGCCGAGAAGAAGCUGUGUGUCAAGAUGACCAAAGUGACUGAGCAGUGGCUUGAGAUCCUCCAGAGGCUGUGCAUCCAUGACAAUCCUCAAAUCCAGCACCGAGGCAUUGUGAUCAUCUUCAACAUGCUGGACGCUGAUGCAGAGUUGGCUAAGAAGCUAAUGGAGACUGAGAUACUAGAGAUCCUUACCUACAUCGCCAAGAUGGAAGACAAUCCAAAGAAACAGGGGGGAAUCGAUGCAGCACGUGUGUGCCUGUCCAAAGCCAUGGAUCUUGGACUUAUCAAGCCGUUCACACAAUAAGACAGGAAGAAAACUGAUUCAUUUGGAUUUUUAAUGAUUAAUAGUGGCAGAAAGUGGCAAAGAGGAAGUGCACUAAAGUCGGUUUUAGACUGUGUAAUUAUAACAGUCCUUUAAGAUUAUUCCUUGUAAGACAAUCCUAAUACAUUCUUGGCUAAAUUCCAUAGCAGACUGUCCAAUAAUGUAUUCUCCAUGUCACAUUAUAUGAUGAAGAUCCUCUAAAGAUAGACCCAUGAUUAUAUUCAAAUACUAUAUUCUGCUUAUAUUAUCACUUA